AUUUGUCAAAUAAUUAUCAUGCAUAAUUUUCUCUUGCAGGCGUUUGGGCGUUAUUUAAGUGAAAUCAUGGGAAAGCACCGUCUAAGGAGAGGAGGUUGCCCUUGGGGAAUCGUGGUGGUUCUUGCCUCAUUCACUGUGCAUCUUCUUAUCACAGCGAUGACGCGUUGUACCGGGGUAUUGUUCUCCAGUUUCCAAAAUGCAUUCCAGAUUACCUCAGCCCAGACUGGUGCCAUUUCAAGCAUUGUUUCGUCUUUCACAUUUUACGGCUGUACCCUAAGCGGUGUAUUGGGGAAUCGCUUUGGGUGUCGCAUAACGACUGUACUCGCUGGCUUGAUUAACAUCAUGGGAAUGAUUGGUAUCAUCUUGGCUAGAAAUAUCUAUCAGAUGUACGUCAUGUCUGCUGUUGUAGGAACUGGCAACGGGGUUGCAUAUGCAGCGGCAAUUGUCAUAGUCGCCAAGUAUCACGACAAACGCUACCCAUUGGCAUGUGGGUUUAUGGCGGCUGGAAAUGCCCUCGGAUUGGUUGUAUUCGGUCCGUUCAUCCAGUUUUUAGUCGACACCUAUGGCUGGAGGGGGGCAUUGCUGUAACCUGUGCAGUCACUGCAAAUAUCUGUGCGGCUGGGGUUGCCUUUCGACCACAUCUACCAUCCCGUAAAAGAACGAUUCCUGCGGAUCACACCGAUGAACAUUCAGCUAACCGUCAGGCUGUUACCGUGACGUUUACAAUAGCCAGAAAAUAUUCACUCAAGUGUUUAUUCUACGGAACAGUCAAGCUCUUUCGACUGAACUUGCUUCGUCAAAGCUACCGAUUGUCCAUGUUUUGCUUCGUCCAGGCAACCUUCAUCCUUUGCUACGGGUCCUUCAUCGUCUACAUCGUCCCAUUUGCCAAUUCAUCCGGCAUUGAAGACCAGAGGGCUGCCUUGCUCAUUACUGCCUUCGGGAUCGGUAGCUUCAUAGGGCGCCCUCUCAGCGGUCUCGUCAAUCAAAAGGUUCCAUCCUUAAUAAUUUUCGAAGUAGCGAUGUUUGCCAGCGCUUGCUUUGUUCUGAUAGCACUACUUAAUACCUACCCUUACUUCGUCAUCUCAGCAUCCAUGUUUGGAUUGGCACACGGGUUCCAGAAUACAGCCAGCCGCGUGAUGCUACGUGAAUUUGUUGGUGUUGAUAACUUGGGAUCAGCUAUUGGCAUCUACAGCGCCAUCGGAGGGGUGGCUGAUCUAAUUGGCCCUAUAGUAGCAGGUUCCCUGUACGAUGCGAGUGGCACUUUUUCUGUUGUGUUCUACAUUUCGGCGGUGUCGUCUUUCGUUGGAUUUCUGGCGAUGUUGCUAGCACCACAGCUGAAGAAGAUCGAGCCGGGUAUCCAUACCGAGAUAUCAGUGGAUAAUGUGUAGAUGUGCAAUGCAUGGAGAAUGAUCUGAUGUGCUGAUGGGUGGUUGCGUCACAGUGAAAAAAGCAGGACCAGUUUGCCAUAAUGCGAUAAGUCUACGCGUGGGAGACGUGGGCUUUUGUAUGGAUAUUUCAUCACGCCAACAUGUCUUCAUCUCAUUAUAACUCGAAGAUGCCAUUGCAGAUAAUGUGGUCGAUCAUAAUAACGACGCAAAAUGGUGACAUCAACGGCAACCUUCUCCGAGCAGUGUUCCACGUUUAUGCAUGCAUCACUCAGUCCGAAUUUCGGUCUUCCAACGACAGCUUUGGCAUUUUUCCCCGCCGCUUGAAUGUUGGCAUGAGGCUGAGGAAAAAAGGCUACCGCGUCAGAUUUAAGGAAACAUUUUUUUUUUAACUUUGCCAAUAUUUAACAUUGCCAAUAUGCAACAUUGAGAAAAAAACCACCCUAAAUGUCGGCGCUCUCCGGACGAAUGUAGGCCUAUAGCUAUACCUUUAUGUCCAUGCCCAUUCAGUCUGUUGGAAUACCCAGCCUUUCGUUCAACUAUCGAUUCCGUACCCAAACGAGAUUAGGCGACUUUGACCCACUUCUUUUCCCGUGUCUUCCCAUGCAUGCUGCCUGACGUCUCUGGCCUUUCAAAAUCCAUGGAGAAAUGAAAAAUAGCCAAUUCUAUAAACUUCGUCUCCGUCAUCCGUCGUAAUUGUUUUCAACAUCUGCCUCAGAGAGCAGCCGGCACAUCAAGGCCAGUUUUCGUCUUACCUUGAAAAACUCCGACUUUUAAAGUACUUUUAAACAAAUCUUUUAAUUUGAAAAUUGCCUUUAGCCUUUUGUGUAUGAGAUUUCGAUGAACUGGAACUAUGUCCAAACUGCAUGAAGCCUAAACUGUGCUUGGGAGGUGUUAAACAAUAUGUUUAAGACUUGUUGGAGUCUGCAAUGCUGAUACAUGUAAUUCUGCAGAUGCUUCGCCUCGGGUAAUUAUCAUGAUUUCAGACUCCAACCAAUAAUCUAUGCAGUCUUAAACAUAGUGUUUAACACCUCACAAGCACAUUUAUUCCCAUUCAUAGAUACCUUUUCGGUGCAGAUGCAGGUGAGUUGAGUGCGUUGUGAAUUUAGG